AUGGCGACAGGGAGGAUCUUCUUCAGUACAAAUGCUGCUCUUCGUGCCACGAAUCGGCAAACAAUCUUCCACCAACUCCGAAACAAAGGCGGCAAUGCUUGGCAAAAACAGCAGUCGAGAACGUACGUCAAUGGCUUCGGUCGAGGGGGCGGCUAUCAAUACUCGAGAUUCCAGCAAGCAGGAGGGCUCAUGAGGCGAUGGGCAGCGAGACCAACAUUCUACUACGAAGUUGGCGGUCUCGCUGGUGCAUGUGGCGGUUUCUACAUCUACAACUUGGAGGUUGUGCCCGUUUCUGGUCGUAGACGCUUCAAUAUCGUCUCUGCGAGUACAGAGCAGCAGUCUGGGCAGGAGCUGUACCAACAAGUCAUUCAGGAAUAUCAAGGUCGUAUUCUACCUCCAUCGCACCCUCAACAUAAGCUCGUACAACGCGUCUUGAACCGUCUCAUCCCUCAUUCAGGGCUACCUGCGGAGACCAAUAAUUGGAAAGUACACGUUAUCAGGGAUGAGCAAAAGAACGCCUUUGUGAUUCCAGGCGGCAAGGUGUUCGUUUUCUCGGGCAUCUUGGAUGUUUGUCAAGGAGAAGCAGGUUUGGCUGCUGUCCUUGGUCAUGAGAUCGCGCAUAAUGUAGCCCAUCACUCUGCCGAGCGGAUGAGUUCUUAUGCCGUGUUUCUACCCGUUGCAAUCGUUGCUUCGUUAUUACUUGGAUUGGGCGAUAUCGGCAAUGUUUUCACGAGAAUGGUCGUGGAUCUGGCUUUCUUGAGGCCUGGAAGCAGGAAACAAGAGUCGGAGGCCGACUAUAUCGGACUUAUGAUGAUGGCACAAGCUUGCUAUGAUCCAUCAGCCGCUGUUGGGCUGUGGUCGCGCAUGCAUGCAGCGGAGCAUGACGCUCCACCAGAAUUCAUUUCCACUCAUCCUUCGAGCCACAACCGAAUGGAGAAGAUACAGUCAUGGUUGGGCGAAGCUGAAGUGAAAAGAGAACAGAGCGGUUGUGGUCAAGUAUCUGACUACGGUGAGUGGAUAUGGGACUACUGGCAAUUCCUGAGUACUGACAUGGCACCAGCUAAUCAAUUCCGCGACACGUUCUCGUUCCGAUGGUCUUAA